GGAGUUAUUUUUCGUCCGUUCCGUUUCGGGUUAGCAGCCGCAGCAGCUAGCCGUCUAUGCAGGGUCUGUCGCUGCUGCGUCUCUGUGAGUGUUUGAUGAGGUUAAGAAGCGGGGGGAAAUGUGGUCCUUUUUCGCCAGGGAUCCUGUCAAAGACUUCGCUUAUGAGAUCCUCCCGGAGAGCCCGGAGAAGUCAGGAAUAUGGACUCUGCAUCGGGGGAAGAGAAAGACCUCAGGAGAUCCGGUGUCUGUGUUUGUCUACGAGGUGGCUCAGGGAACAGAGCAGCAGACCCAGCUAGCCAAGGCUGCCUUCAAGAGAAUGAAGACCCUGCGCCAUCCUAACAUUCUGGCAUAUGUAGAUGGACUGGAGACAGACAAGAGCCUAUAUGUGGUCACUGAGCAGGUGACUCCUCUCGCAGUUCACCUGAAGGCCCAGGCAGAGAAGGGUGGCGGCGGGGAGCUGGAGAUCUCCUGGGGUCUACACCAAAUAGUGAAAGCUCAGAGUUUUCUGGUCAAUGACUGCCACCUGCUUCAUAACAACCUGGGUAUUUGGGCGGUUUUUGUGGAUCGAGCUGGAGAGUGGAAGCUCGGUGCCCUCGAUCACGUGGUGCCCGAGCAGGGGGACCCCAGUGGGGUCUCUCUCCCCAUCCCGAAGGCUGUUUACCCGGACAUGGAGAAAUACGACCCGCCUGAGACGUCCAACAGCAGCGGGGAGAAAUGGGCCGGUGAAGUGUGGCGACUGGGAUGUCUGAUAUGGGAGGUGUUUAACGGACCACUCCCUCGGACAUCAUCUCUCCGCUCUCUGGGAAAAAUUCCCAAGUCGCUGGUCCCUCACUACUGUGAACUGGUCGGGGCCAAUCCCCGGGCUCGACCAAACCCAGCCCGCUUCCUCCAGAACUGCAGGGCUCCUGGAGGGUUCCUUAGCAACAGCUUUGUGGAAAGCAACCUUUUCCUGGAGGAGAUCCAGAUUAAGGAUCCAGCUGAGAAGCAGCAGUUUUUCCAGGACCUGAAUGAUCAUCUGGACUCUUUUCCUGAAGACUUCUGUAAACAUAAAGUCCUGCCUCAGCUGCUCACUGCCUUUGAGUUCGGAAACGCAGGCGCCGUCAUCCUCACGCCGCUCUUUAAGGUGGGGAAGUUCCUGUCAGCAGAAGAAUACCAACAGAAAAUCAUUCCUGUCAUAGUGAAGAUGUUUUCCUCCACAGAUCGAGCGAUGAGAAUCCGACUUCUUCAGCAGAUGGAGCAGUUCAUUCAGUAUCUGAACGAGGCAGCGGUUAAUUCCCAGAUUUUCCCUCACGUUGUUCACGGCUUCACAGACACCAACCCGGCCAUCAGAGAACAGACCGUUAAGUCGAUGCUGCUGCUGGCCCCAAAGCUGAACGAGACCAACCUGAACCAAGAGCUCAUGCGUCACUUCGCUCGACUGCAGGCCAGAGACGAACAGGGCCCGAUCCGAUGCAACACCACCGUGUGUUUGGGCAAAAUCGCCUCCUACCUCAAUGCCGGGACCCGGCAGAGAAUUCUGAUCUCUGCCUUCUCUCGAGCCACUAAAGACCCAUUUCCUGCGUCACGUUCUGCUGGUGUGCUGGGCUUUGCAGCGACACACAACUACUACAGUGUGACAGAGAUCGCGGCCCGGAUCCUGCCCACCCUCUGUGCUGUCACUGUGGAUCCUGAUAAGGGCGUCAGGGACCAGGCAUUCAAAGCCAUGAAGAGCUUCCUUUCCAAGCUGGAGGCUGUUUCUGAAGAUCCAAGCAAGCUGGCUGAGAUCGAGAAGGAUGUAGGAUCGAGCGCUCAGCCAGCAGGAGCUUCCUCCACCUGGGCCGGCUGGGCCGUGACCGGCGUCUCCUCGCUAACCUCCAAGCUGAUCCGCAAUAAUCCUGGUACUGAGGGGAGCACAGCAGCUGAGAGCAGUGGGCCAGCUAACGCAACCAGUCCCACCAGUACCGCUGAUGGAGCAUCCACCCUAAGAAAAGGUGUAGAAGAUAAAACCCAACAAUCCUCCUCGGCUCAUCACGGUACCUCCGAUCGUGCCAACCAGUCACAGAGUCUUGAAGCCACAGACAACGAUGAAGAGCAAAUCGGAGACCGCUGGGACGAGGAGGAGGACUGGGGCAGCUUGGAGGAGCCAGAAAAGGCUCAGACUGAUGACUGGAACACUGACUGGUCUGGCACAGCAUCAUCCAAAAAGAAGUCCAAUGAAAGAGGAGCUGGGCGAUCAUCCGCCUCCAUGGCGGUGAAAAAGCAGAGCUCUGAUUGGAGCAGCUCAGGAUGGGACGCCGAUGACAGCUGGUCGAAUGACAAAGAAGGCCAGGGCCAGAGCUCUGCGGGCGAGGAAGGUUGGGGCAACGACUGGGGAGAGGAGGAGACGGACGUGACUCCUGCCAGUAAAGACAUGCCGCUGCCUGAAGGCGUCCGGUUAGCCAGCGAGUACAACUGGGACAGCAGCAGCGCUGGGAAGGGCCCAACUCAGAACGAGCUGUUCGCCAGCGUGUCUCAGAGAAGCGCCUUUGCUACCACGGCUGGAGACGGCUGGGCUUCAGAGACCACAGGAGACUGGGGAACCGAGAACUGGGAGUCAGUUGAAGGAAGCCAGAAUCUCAGCAAGGCAGAGCUGUCCAAGAAGAAACGAGAGGAGAGGAGGAAAGAGCUGGAGGCCAAACGGGCAGAACGUAAAGCUGCUAAAGGUCCUCUCAAACUUGGAGCACGUAAGCUGGACUGAUUCUGGUCAAACAGGGAGGCUGGGAUGUGGACCAAAGAGACCGGAGCCUGGGAGCGGAGGAGUUCCCACUAGAAACACGUAAAGAAAACUGUGAACAGUUCCUUUAUCAAAGAAGGCUUGGAUACUAAAAGGAGGAGAUUCUUGGAGUCCAGGUUUUGGAUUUUCUGUCUUUUCUCAUUAGAGGACUGCUAGAAUUUAAGAUAAAGACAGAAAAGAGACUUAAAGCAGGAUGCAGCAGAGUUUAUUUAACAAAAUGUUCAUAAACCAUAAAGUUGCUGUUGUACAGUAAAUGUAUAUACCCUGUGCAUCCUGUGGGUUUUUUUUAAGGAUAAAUGCGUAUACCAGAACGUCCUGUAAUAUUACGCUGAAUGUUUUUCAGAACGUUCUGUAUUCACACACAUGGACGUGACUGUUUUGUGUCCAUCUGUUCCAGAUUUUAAACUGAAAAGCAGUCCAUGCAUGCACCCGUGUGGCUUAACAACAAUCUUUAUUGCAACAGAUUACAUACGUGUCUUCACUUUGCACAUACAGCACUAUAUUUACUUUGUGAGAGGGGACACAGCUGACUGGCUGCAGUUCUGUUCGUAAAACAGGGUUUUUUGGACCGAUAAUGAAGCAGCUUAAACAUAGCAACAUGGAAAGAUGUUGAUUUAUAUUAGAAACCAAACUGUUUACAUCUCUCCUCGUUUAAUGGAGGAUUUAAUGUCUUCUGAUGUUUUUUGGGGGUUGUAUCAAAAAGAAUCCAGCAGGGGUCACUGCUGACACAAGAUGAAAAUCCAGUUCAACCAUCAUUAAUUUGGUCAGUACUAAAAUUUAAAUGGGCAAAGUCUAUGUUUUGUAAUAUUGUUUGUGCCUUUUUAUUCAGUUACAAAUCUAAUCUUUAAUAAACCCCUAAAACCUAAAUAUUCACCAUUUAAAACUGUGGAUCUAAAUCUCUGAAAGCAGGAAACUGAGGGUUUUGUCAGAGCGUUAAUUGUGACCUUUUAUCUUCUGUUUCUGUUAGAUGAGAUGUUAUGUCUGGGGUUGAUUAAUGCUUGAGAAGCCAGGGACACAAUCAACAGUGGUCAUGGUAUGCAAGGAACUGUGGGGUGUUGGUCUAAAAAGGGUCAGGUGCAUGUAUCCAAGUCAUGGUCCAUGUGUGCUAUUUCUCAUUAAAAACAAAUAUAGACUUAUACUGCCAUGUAUUUUUUGCCUAUUUCUAAAAGGUAGUUUGGUUUAGAAUAUAUAGCAAGUAUUACUGCUUAUUUCAUAGUAUUAAAGCUAUGAAUGUUUUUAUACUUCAGUAAGACUUUUGCCAAAUCUACUGUUAACUUCACUGCUAGCAUAUGCCAUUUAUUAUGCAUUUUUGGGAAUCUCAGCUCAGAUGGUUCCACCACCCAUCCCUCGCAUUUGAGGGUACUGAAAAACACGAGUCUGUGUGACUCUUUGUGUUGUAGUCACAAAUCAGAUCAUCAUCAGAUCUCGGUUUACUUACUAAUUCUGUUGUCUUUUAAAGUAAUAUUUAUGUUUGUGAGAUAUUCAUAACUUUCUCUUGUAGAUAUUUGAUGUAUUUUGAAAGGCCAGUGAGCAGAAGAGGAAACGUCUCAGAGAGAUUUAUGUGGAGCAGGAGACCUUUGACAAAUCAGCAGAUAAACAAUGUGUGUUUUGCCAAAUGUUUCCACAUUGUCACAGCUGAUGAAGUAUAUAGUCCAUUAAGAGCUGGAUUCUAACCAAUAAACUAUACAUAAGAUUU